AUGACUGACAACUCGGAAUGGAUAAACCAAAAUCUGCAAAGACAGAGACGAAUGCUUGAAGAGAAACAAAGGAUGAAACGUGUAUGUUCGCCGAACAUCCGAAGUAACCAGAACGCUUAUACGCGAUUGGAAAACUCUGACGGCAACGACACUUAUCCUGCAUUCAAUCAAGGAUUUAGUGAUACUGGUUUAUCUCUAUUUGCAAGCUCCGUCAGCUCAAAAGCUGAAACAACGGAAACCGUUAAGAAGGAAACACCAUCUCCUGAGGGUAGCCCACAGACUGCAGGCUCUUUCCCCUUCUCCACCUCCAAUAAUUCAUUCUCUAAUCAAUCUCAAGAAGGGAAAGAUGAUAAUGAUGAAGUGCAUCGCCUACUGCUUGGUAAGCUCGAGAAGGCAGAGAUCUCAAGCGUGGUCACAAGCGAUGAUGAGACGGGUGCAACAGGAACUGUUACAACUGGUCCGGACGGACUAGAAACACACACACUGCCUGUAACGCUGCAACCAGAUUACGAUGAAAUAGCAGCUGAUGUAGAAGGAUUUGUCAAAUCUCCAGCUAAAGGUAAUCGGAUUUAUCGAUGCUCUAUCACGCGUGACAAAAAAGGAAUGGAUAAAGGCAUCUAUCCAACAUAUUAUCUACAUCUUGAGAGAGAAGAAAAGAAAAAAGGGAUCUUCUUAUUGGCUGCUCGUAGGAGAAAGAAAAGUACGACAGCGAAUUAUUUGAUAUCAUGUGAUGCAACAGAUUUAUCAAGAGAUGGCACAUCUUUCAUGGGUAAAGUGCGCUGCAAUGCAAUGGGUACUACAUUUGUUAUAUAUAACGGGGGACAGAAUCCGAAGAAAUGUAAUUCGUUGGAAGUGCGUCAAGAAUUAGCUGCGGUCUUAUAUGACACUAAUGUUCUCGGUUUUCGCGGUCCUCGUAAAAUGACGGUCGUGAUUCCGGGAGUCUACGAUCCACACAUCGCCUCUUCGUUCAAACGUAUUCCAAUUCAACCUGUAGAUGAGAGAGAUACAUUGGUUGAGAGAUUCAAACGUACUCGUGGAGAUAGAGAUACAAAUAGUCAGAUUGUAGUUAUGUCGAACAAGCCUCCGGUUUGGAAUGAAGAUUCCCAAUCGUAUGUUUUAAAUUUUCAUGGACGAGUAACGCAGGCUUCUGUGAAGAAUUUCCAAAUAAUACAUCCGUCUGAUCCUGAGUAUAUUGUUAUGCAAUUUGGAAGAAUAUCUGAAGAUACAUUUUCCAUGGAUUUCAGAUAUCCUUUAAGUGCAAUUCAGGCAUUCGGAAUAGCCAUGACAUCAUUCCACGGAAAAAUUGCUUGUGAAUAA